CAGUUGACUGAUGAGCAGCCAACAGGACUGAGCUUCAUCCACAGGCAGAUCAGGAGUGCCAAACUGCUUCUGGUGGUUCACUGGUGGCUUGCCUUAGUGUACUUGUGGCAGCAGGGAGGAAGGUGGAGAGCUCGGCAAUGGUCACAACUGUGGACGAUCCCGGUCAGAAUGGAACACAGAAGGAGGGGAAUCCUUCAGGACAACCUGGCAUGGAGGGACCCCCAGCUGUGCAGUCCUCUCAGGAAGCAGAAACCUCUGGAGGCAUGCAGCAGGUGUUGGAGAAUACCGGGGAGCAGCCAACCUCCACAGGCGUCAAAGACAUCGACCUGCUUUUCCUGCGUGGGAUCAUGGAAAGUCCCAUUGCUCAUGAGCAGCAGGAGGAGGUGAAGCUGGAAGCUGUGCAGGACAACAACGUGGAGCUGGUGACAGAGAUUCUGGGCGACAUCAAAAACCUCAUGGUGAAAGAUGACAGCGCAGCCGAACUGUCCAGGAUCCUCCAGGAGCCGCACUUCCAGUCUCUUUUAGAGGCUCACGACAUGGUGGCAUCAAAGUGUUAUGAAAUCCCUCCCCCAGCAGAGGCGAGCAACGAUGCAGCAGUGAACAAUGCGCUCAUGCAGGCCGAUGCCGUGCGCAUGAUCGGAAUCCGAAAGAAGGCCGGCGAGCCACUGGGCGUGACGUUUCGAGUGGAGAAAGACGACCUGGUCAUCGCUCGGAUCCUCCACGGGGGCAUGAUCGACAGGCAGGGUUUGCUCCACGUGGGAGACAUCAUCAAAGAGGUGAACGGGAAGGACGUCGGCAACAAUCCCACUGAGCUGCAGGAGAUGCUCAAAGACUGCAGCGGGGGGAUCACACUGAAAAUCCUCCCGAGCUACAGAGAGGCUCCUGCACCCCCGCAGGUGUACGUGCGGCCAUAUUUUGACUACGACCCGACCAGCGACAGCCUGAUCCCCUGUCGAGAGGCAGGAAUGGCCUUCAAAAGGGGCGACAUCCUUCAGAUCGUCAACCGAGAGGAUCCCAACUGGUGGCAGGCACGCCAUGUAGUGGGAGGUGCCACGGGACUGAUACCCAGCCAGUUUCUAGAGGAGAAGAGGAAAUCUUUUGUUCCCAGAGACUUUGAUGGAUCAGGGAUCCUCUGCGGCACCUUAGCAGCAAAAAAGAAGAAGAAGAUGAUGUAUUUAACAGCCAAGAACGCAGAGUUUGACAGACACGAGUUACAGAUAUACGAAGAAGUGGCCAAAGUCCCUCCAUUCCAGAGGAAGACACUAGUUCUGAUCGGCGCUCAGGGGGUGGGUCGACGCAGCCUAAAGAACCGGCUGAUGGUCCUCCAUCCCACACGCUUCGGCACCACAAUACCAUAUACCUCCCGGAGGCCCCGUGAUGAAGAGUUGAUUGGAAACUCCUACCACUUUACCUCAAGGACAGAGAUGGAGGCGGAUGUAAAGGCCGGACGCUUCCUGGAACACGGCGAGUACGACGGCAACCUGUACGGCACAAAGAUCGACUCCAUCCACGAGGUGGUGGCUGCAGGGCGUACCUGUAUCCUGGACGUCAACCCACAGGCCUUGAAGGUACUGAAAACAGCAGAGUUCAUGCCCUACGUGGUGUUCAUUGCAGCGCCAGAUUUUGAUACGCUCAAGGCCAUGCACCAAGCUGUGGUGGAUGCAGGCCUCACAACUAAACAACUCACAGAUGUGGACCUGAGGAAGACUGUUGACGAGAGCGCCCGCAUCCAGAGGGCGUACAGCCACUACUUCGACAUGACCAUUGUCAACGACAACCUGGAUAAAGCCUUUGAGACGCUACAGGCUGCCGUGGACACGCUGUGCACAGAACCACAGUGGGUCCCUGUGAACUGGGUGUACUGAGGACCAGCACCAGUGCUUCCACCACGCUCAGCGUUUCUGACAAAAAGGACAACGGGGAGGAAGUGCUAGUGAAAACGAAGAUAUUUAUUGAAAUCUGAUCACUCGUUCCCUCCUUAGACCUGCUCACUGCAACUCCUUUUCUACUGGAAACUCAAAGGGAAAGAGUGCUUAUUUAUUUUAUACUUUUUUUUUAUGAAAGAUCUUUCUAUUCA